ACGGAAAGCAAAAGAGACUGCUGAAAUAGGAGAAGCCAAAACUGAAGAGCAUGUAAAGCUACAGACUGAUUUGGAAGAAAUGCGACUUCAACUUUAAGAGACUAAAGAGUUGCUCAUGAGGGAACAACGGAAAGCAAAAGAGACUGCUGAAAUAGGAGAAGCCAAAACAGAAGAGAAUGUAAAGCUACUGUCUGCUUUGGAAGAAAUGCGGCUUCAGCUGCAAGAGACUGAAGAUUUGCUUGUGAGGGAACAAGAUCGCAGAAAGGAGACAACUGGGAUAGAGGAAUCCAAAACUGAAGAACAAUUAAAGCUACAGUUUACUUUGGAAGAAACCCGACUUCAGUUUCAAGAGACUAAAGAAUUGCUCAUGAGGGAACAAGAGAAAGCAAAGGAGAUUGAAGACAUGGAGCAGGCCAAAACUGAAGAAAAUGUGAGAUUGCGGGCUGCUUUGGAAGAAAUGCGACUUCAGUUUCAAGAGACUAAAGAAUUACUCAUGAAAGAAUGUGAGAAAGGAAAAGAUAGCACUGCAGGGGCAUUUGUUGUACAAGAGGCUCAGGUCAUUGAUCUUGAAAUGGUCAAUAAGCUCGUCACUGAAAAUGAGAUACUUAAGGCUUGAAAAGAAGCCAAAAACAAGGAAAAUGCCAGACUACAGUCUGCUCUGGAAGAAAUGAACCUUCAGCUCCAAGAGACUAGAGCUUUGCUCACGAUUGAACAUGAGACUGCAAACAGGACUAGUGUUUGGUACAAGAUCUCUACGUUAUUAAUCAAGAAAAAGUCAAUGAAUUUACUGCUGCAGAGAGGCCUGUGGCGCCCGAUGUCCAGGUUAUUCAUCAAGUAAAGGUCAAUGAGCUCACUUCUGAAAAUGAGUUUCCUAAGGAUGAAGCCAAAACCCAGGAAAAUGUAAAAUUACAACCUGUUUUAGAAGGGGUGGAGCUUCAGGUCCAAGAGACUAAUCAACUGCUCCUGAAGGC